GGUUUCUAACCGGAUGAGAAUUCCUAGCUUUUAGCACUAUAAAUUACUUUCUACUGGCACACAUUUAUUAAAUACAAACAGUACAUAUUUAAUAAAUGAUUUCAUCAUUUUCUUUGCAUUUAAAAAACUUCGGACUAUGACCAAGUGUUAAUGUACUUUAUUAAAAUCGGGCAACAAGGAAAUAUUUUUAAAUGGACAAUACGCCACUGCUGCUGCCAUCAACAAAUGGGAAUAUGUAUCGUGUGUACAAGAAACGUUGGUUUAUGUUGGCUGUACUAACAUUGUUGAAUUUUUCAAAUGGAAUGGUAUGUUUGCAUGAAAGAAAUCUGUAAAAAUAGCUUUAUUUCCGCGUUUUAUAUUUACCAAUUUUCUAUUAAUUUAAUUGACCAAACAUAUUUUUUCUCAUAAAUAUCAGUCUGUCAGCCAGAAUAUUUAGUGUUUAUAUGUGCCUGGUUUUCACCUCGUGAUUACAUGAUAAAAAUGACAGCCCUCUUGCUAGGGUUGCUUUGAGAACUCAUUUGUCCAAAAUCAUAUUUUGCCAAGCAAAGUUUGACCACCUCAUUUAGCAGACCUACCAAGUCACUCCCGCAUUUUGGAGUCAUUAAAGCCUAGUUCUCAUUCAUCGCAAACCGUCGGCGAUGGGAGCUUUGCGAUGUCUGCGACCGCUUGCAAUUUAUGAGAACACAUAAAAAAUUAUAUCGCCGAUUGUUCGUGAUCAUCGCUGACCGUAGGCGAUGACAUUGCAGGAAACAAAAAAGUUUGUUUCUUGCGACCAUCGCCGAUCAUCGCCGACUGCCACCUGCUUGACAAAUCUAUGAGAAAUGAGUAAAAGUUUUUUCCUCAACAAGCAAGGAAAUAAUCAACUGAAGUUUGACAGAAAUCAUGAACUUUACGUUGAACUGGGCCAUUUUGUGCCUUGGUUGGAAAUUUCGAAACACAUCGGCUGUCAUCUGCGACGAUCACCGAUGUAUGAGAACUUUCGUGCAUUUGCAAUCGGCGACCAUCGGCGAUAAGCGUCGCCGAUCAUCGGUCACAGUUUGCGAUGAAUGACAGUUUGCGAUGAAUGAGAACUAGGCUUAAUUAUCUCCCUGCCACAUGAAUUUGGGGAAAUCUCCCCCAUUCAUUGUGAUUUACCUGCAACAGUAGUGUUGGGAGCUAGUGCUACCAGAAUAACUGACAAGUUACCUAGACACAUGUUGAUUGAUAUCUGUUGCACAGCUGAGCAAAAGUGUUCUGAAUGCAGUCUUAUUCGAUGCACUCACAGCAAUCUCUUAAAUCCCCACUAGAAAUUUUGUUGAGCUCGUGUUUAUUAUCAGCUCACAUCACAUGCAGAAAAAUCACAAAUAUUGUAAUCUCCCUCAUUUUAUGCACCACACCUUGGCAGGCUUGUAUUAGGCAAUCGUUGUGUGUGAUGUCAAUAAACUUGGCAUCUGGUGUCGUAAUCUCUUUAAAAACCCUAACAUUCACCUUACCCUUAACCCCUGCAAUGAAUGCCUGAGAAUUACUCAAACUGAUCUAGCUAGUACAAGGAAAUUUGUUUUUUUGGAGAUGUCAUGUAUAUUGUAAUAUGUUGUGAGUGUAUGUUUUUACAACACAUGCAAAAUAUGACAUCUGAAACACCAUGGAACCUAAUGUAAUUUGCUCAAAACUCAUGUGAAUUGCAUGCAUUUAACACAAUAUAUAAAAUUCAAUUAGCAUUUGAAACAUGUCUUGAUCAGGUGUCUAUAUAGCACGUCAGUCCCAGUCCCUUUGCCAUGAAGUGUGUUCAUUGAAACUUGUUUAGUGCUAGAGUGCAUGCUAGAGUCUGUUCGAAAAAACCACAAAAUUAUCUGGGGGGAAAUUAUAGUAAAACUGUUUGCAAACUUCAGAGCUAUUGGACGUCAAUUUCUGACUUCUUGGCCUAAUGACUGAAGUAAUUCUUGCUCCAGAUAUAUAAAGCUCUUUCAUAUUGCCGCUGCUCUUUCUGCCAUUUUUACCCAAUGUGCAGGAGACUACAGUGAAUCAGGCAGUGUGUUAGCCAGCCCAUUGGAUGGUCAGCUAGUUGGUUGGUUGGUUGGUUGGUUGGUUGGUUGGUUAGACAAUUAUAAAUUAUGUUGAUCUGCUAGCUAGUCAGUUGUUUAGUGCCCUGGUUGGUCUGACUCAGUGUGCAUAUACUAUAGAACUACACCACAAUCUGAAAUGUUAUUUCAAAUACUAGCUGUGGAUAACAUUUGCUCCAAUUGAUGACUCAUCAUCUACAUAUUAUGGUGUCUCAUCAUUUACUAUCAACUGGUUGUCAUUGGUUUUUCCACUGGCCGCUUUACCAUUUGCCAUGGUAUCGGCAUGGUUUAUUGAUACAUAUGGUCUGAGGAAAGGGGUAGGUAUAUUUUGUAGGUUUGAAUAGUUUAUGUACGAGGUAUUUCAUCAUACUUACAAGGGUUGAAACACUAGCAAUGGCACGUACUACACAAUAGAUAGGGUCAGGGGCAACCACCCCUCCCAAACAUUUAUUUGAAUGAUAGCUGAUUAAUUUGACCCAUUGAGUGGCAGCACAGUCUCUCCUUGACAAGUAAAAUCAUCUGGUGUUAGACAGAGUAAAAUAAUAAAGUGGGUUGCUAGGUUACCAGUAACUGUAUAACAAAGUGGUAACUUACAGUACAAUGAUUUUACAAAGUUGGAAGUGUUGUAAAUGUAAGCCGAAAUAAGUCAGCUAUAUGAUUGACUUGCAGCAACAAAAUAGCAAAUGUAGUACAUUCAUAAGUCUCAUAACCUAAAUUUUAUGUGGUUUAAUUCCACUAUUUUACUAUUAAGUGUCUGCCACCAUAUUUAUUUGGCAAUAACCAUCCGUAUAAUAUACCUAUAGUAUUAUAUUUUGUUUCUCCAGAUUAUUCUAGCAGCUUGGCUAAAUGGUUUGGGUAGCGUUAUUCGAGUGUGUAGUACUAUCCAUCAUAUGACAAAUACUGAGAGAUUUGCUGUUGUACUAGUUGGACAAAGUUUGGCAGCUAUUGCUCAGACUUUACUUCUUCCCUUGCCACCCAAGUUAGCUGCAUUAUGGUUUGGUGAAUCACAGAGAGUUCUGGCAAACAUGAUUUGUUCUACAUGUAAGCCAACUUUAUAAUACAGGUCUCCCAGUGAUAAUGUUCAGUGUUCCCAGUGAUAACAGUGUUCUAAUGAAUGCUGAGGGACUACACUGAUUAAGGUUUAUAAUUAAUAAUGUAUAUUGCCAGGAUACUGGCUCUAUUUGUUCUAAACUGUCAUAUCUCCUUAGAGGUCCAAUUAGGGUCAUCCCUUACCGGUCCAGUGUUAGUAUUACCGGACAGUAGGCAAUUCUAGCUUUUAAUUUAUGUAUGCAGGGAGUGAUUGAAAGGAAGGUAUCAUAUUGCUGAUUAUGCUGAAAAAUUUCAAUAAAAACUGCUGAAACAACCAAAAUAUUUCAAUAUUUACAGCUAUCACUCUGUGUUUACAUGGCCACAAUUUUUAUUUUUUCAGCAUAAUAAGCAAUAUGAUACCUUACUUCACGCCCCCUGCACACAUAAACUAAAAGCUGGAAUUGCCUAUUUGAGGUACUGUACUAAUCUCAAGCAGUCUGUGCCAGCUAGUACGUGUAGGUAGCGAUGAUAACAAGACAGCAGAUUUUGAGAUAUACUAACAGCUACCUGAAAAAUACAAACAGAACAUCAGUGUUUUGAGCAAAGGCCCUUCACUUGAAACAUCAGGCCUUUGCUUGAAGGGGGUGGGGCUGCAGCCUGUUCCUCAUACACCUAUGGUUGUUGGGAUUAGUUUGAAGAUCAAUGCUAACAUUCUCAUCUCUCCAUCAUCCAUUUUAUAUAGCCAAUACUGUUGGAAUACUGGUAGCUAAUAUUUUGGCACCAUGUAUUGUCAAAAGUUACAAAGAUAUCCCCAUUUUGGUGAGAUUUUGAUGAAAAUAAUUCAUAAAAUAAUGUAAUAUACCAAAUCCGACUACAACAGCUUUAUUAAUUUGUGUUGCAGUUAUCAAUAUUUACAGGUCCUGGAGCUCUUGCCAUGGUUCUCGCUACAGCUGGAGUAACUACAAGUAGACCACCCACACCACCUGCACCCUCAGCUGCGCAAGAUUCUGAGACGUUUUUCAAAGGACUGAAACAGGUAUUUACAUCUUAUUUCAAACCAAAAACUAGUUCGAUAUGUCAGUAUGAAAAUGAUUUCCAUGAUGUCAGUAUGGAAAUGAUUUAUUAAUAAACAGCCGACUCAGAGUUAUUGUUCUUGAUCGUUUUAGGCAUUAAAGAGUAAACCGUUUCUGGUGCUUAUGGUGUGUUUUGGCACAGGAAUUGGAAUGUUCAGUGCACUAACUACAUUGUUGGAACAAAUCAUAUGUGUUCAUAAUUAUAGUGAUGUGAGUAUAGACGACAUUAGCAAACCAUUAACCAUCACGUAAAAAACCCGCUGGUUCACACGGUUUUCACUAGUUUCCAUCUACCAAACUGACAUUGCGUAAUUUGAUCAAUUUCUAAAUUUGUUUCUUUCUGGAUUUUUUCAUUAAUUUGGUUGGGGUUAGAGUUAGGGUUGCGGUUAGGGUUAGGGGUUAGAGGUUAGAGUAGGGGUAGGGUUUGGGUUAGUUACAUAGCCAUUUAACACCCCUUCCAUCUUCUGAAAAUGACGUCACGUCAAUUUCACAGAUGGAAACUAGUGCUAACCGGUUCACACUGUCAAAGAAUGAUUUGAUUGAAGAUCAUUGAACAGAAAUUGAGAGCUUAGGUCACGUGAAAAAAAGUUGGUUAGCAUCCUUAGCUUUUGCGGGCGGACGGGUUUUUUGCCUUGGUUUAAUGUUCGAAACUGGAUUUUCUUGUGCGGUACAAAUAUUCAUACCGUCAUUUUCGCAUGCUUUAUAUUCUAGCACAAGUUUUUAUUUAAAGAUUUACUAUAUUGGAAGUUAAUAUCGUGCACAUUUAAAUUUAUUAACACAACUGACUACAGAAAUACUACUACAUAUACAGAGCCCAUUGAUCAAUAAAAGUUGUUUUCUUAAAAUAAAAAAUAAUCCUGAGGGGGGCCUUUUUUGUGGGCGGGCGAGGACGCUAACCAACUAUUUCUUUAUGUGGCCUUAGGAAGCAUUUGGAAUUUUCCAAUGGAUCAAUAACUUCGAAAAUACGGCCCCGCAAAUAUAAUCAUCAUCAUGUUAUUUUUCUGAUACCUUCUGAAAACACUUCUCAGAUAGUGAUCUCUACGAAAGUACCCUGUUGUCUCGCUCAUAGUCUUGAACUGCCUGUGCCAGUCUACUGUAGGUAGAGUGCUAAUAAUAACAAAACUUCGGAUCGUGAUAGGAUGCAACGACUGGAAAAAUACAAGAAGAACAUCAAACUUCUCCUUGUAUUUUCAAGUACGAGUUGCUUCCCUAUCAAUCCGAAGCUCUCUCUCAUAAUGGCAUUUAUCACAGCUGGAAUAUUAGGUCAGUGACUUCAUGAUUGAACGAGCUUUCGUUGAUAGGGAUGAAACUACCUGAAAAAUUUAAGGGAGAAUUUCGACAUUUUGAGCGAAGGGCCUUCGUCUGGAGUUAGUUUUAAGAACAUUUAAAAACAAUUAACAUGACUGAAUUUUUGUGAAAUUUUUUGAAAAUUUUCAGCAUAUUCAUUGUUUUGAUUUUAGAAAGCGGCAGGAAACAUGUCCGCACUUGCCAUUGCUUUUGGAUUUAUUGGUGCUGGUUUAGUCAGUGUCUAUGUUGAUAAAACGAAGAAAUUUGAAAUUGCGGCGAAAAUAUGUUAUGCUAUGGCUACAUUGUUUGUUCUAUUCUUCGCGUUGGUAAGUUAGUAAAGUUGUACAUUGACCUGACUUAUAGCAGAGAUGGACAAUUCGUCUUCACAGAAGUGGGAAAAAGUUGUAAAAACUUCCGUGACUAGCUCGUCUCAUGGCGCCUAUAUAGUUCAGGUAUAAAUUAUAACUUGCUCUCAGAAAAAAAUGGAAAAUAUAUUUGCUUCUACCAUUUUUAAAUGAUUAUCAUGUGUAGUAUACUAUAUCAAACACUGACUGAUCCCCUUGCUGAAACCUAUCUAUUUGUUCUUGCGUGCAUGCUUUUAGGAACAUUUGCGAGUAAUGUAGAAAGAGGCCUGCGGCGAAUUCAGACAGGUUUAUAUAUUAUAAUCCAAAGCAAAAUUUAGUCCAGAACUGGUUGAUAUAGGCUAUUGCUUGUGUUUGCAGAUAUCCAAGUACGAGAACAAACCAAUUUUGCUCGGCUUCUCUGUGUCGGGUUUUGGAUUCUUCGCAUUAGCUUUAUUACCGGUUGGCCUAGAACUUGGUGUCGAGUGUACAUAUCCAGUCGCUGAGGCGACCAGUGCGGCACUAUUAUGGCUGUUUGGGUAAGUACGUGAUAUUAUAUUUUGCUUUUAUGUGGGGUCUUGAAGGGGGGGGGAGUCUAGAUUCCAUUUCCCAACCCACUUCUUUCUAAAUCCCAUUUCCGCCUUAUACUAAAAGGCAAUGCGGAGAAGAAAAUCGGGCGGAGAGGUAUUUCAGGCUACUUUAAAAGCUUUAUGCCUAGCAGUCCUUCCAGCGCUAAAGACUAAAGUUAACUACUUCAUUUUGCAGCCAAAUAACAAUGAUUCUCAUAAUUCUGGUAGCUGGUGCCCUCGGUACGAAAAAUAAAGGUAAACAAAUGAGCUGCAAAUCCGGCAAUGAUGACAUGACCCAUGCAACCUACUUCAUGGCUGUUUUAACUGUUGUCAUAGCGUUGGUAUUCAUAGUAUUAUUUAGACCAAAAUACCUGAGAAUGGAAGCCGAACGAAGGGAGAGAUUUAUCGAGUCUGCUGAUCAUAAAUUUGAUGAUAAUGAUGACAAUUAGUAAUGCAAUUAAGAGAUAAUUAGUAAUUAGAAAUAGAACCAACACAUUUCCCGUGUUGCUAAACAGGUAGUGAGGGAUCGAUGUCAUUGUUUUUAAUUUAACGUACACUAAUAAGAAACAUUAAUUAUAAUAUGAUUGAUUUUUUAAUGAGAAACACCUAAAAAUUAUUUGUUCACGCCUGCAUGUGCCCACAGAAAGGAACGGCUGGUAUCGUAAUUGUAAAGAGUUUCAUAGGCAUAUUCAUACAAUAUUCAUACAUAAAAGAAUAUCAAUUCGACCAACCUGUAUAUAUAACAAGCCACAGACUUGACAUCCUAUGAAAAAGUAUUUUAUAUAUGGGUGUAAUUGACUGUAUAACACUGUUGCUGUGCAAUAGAUACGUGUCAUAAAUAUAUUUCAUAAUAUUGUGGGGUAAUUAAAUUAAUUUGUUUAUUGCUGUCGUUAUAGUAGAUUAUAAAAACUAUUGAUAUAUAAUACAAUAAGUUCUAAUUUUCCUAAAUUAAAAUAUGAUGUCAUUAAAUGAAUUGUAAAUUAGUAUACCUUUGUUCUUUUAUGAGGUUUUUUAUGUAAAGGAAAGAUGGGCCAAUUGUUGAAGGAUUUGGUAGAUAAAAAUGUCGAUAGAGCUGUGCAAACUCCGGUUAUUUUAGCUCCGGCAGUCAAAACUCCGGCUCCUGCUCCGACAAGGAAAUUUUAAGGAAAUUUCUUAUUUAAAAGUAGAAGCAGGCGAAAGUAUUUCAGUGUAAUUUCAGAAUUUAUUUUAUUCCUUUUUGAGCUUUCUCCAUAGGCGUACGGGACGGGGGGGGGGCAGGGGGGCAGCUGCCCCCCCAAACAGAUUACAAAGUCGAAAAGUCGGGCAAAUGUUCAACAAAAGUCGGGCAAAAGUCGGGCAAAAAGUAGUCAAAACAAGAAAAUCUCGCUGAAUAAUAACACCAGUUUGUUGGGCAAACAAAGCCAGUUGGGCAAUAUUCGCUUCUCAGUCGGGCAAUAUUUGGUUAUUAUAAAAAUAAAUGGGACAAUUCGGUAAAUUUUUCCGGAAAAAAUCUUUCCUUCCCGUACGCCUAUGGCUUUCUCCUUUACUUAUCAAAUAAUAUACGUGCUUCGCGGUGCUUGUUUAAACAAUGUUUUGGAGAAAGUAAAACCGCAUGGCAGCGUGGUAUUUUCGCCCAAAAGACAUUGGAGCAAGUAAUUAAACUUUAUAGUAACUUCAAAUCAUUCAACUUAAUUUUUCCAUUACCAAAAGUUCAUUGAAAUAUGAAAUAAUUUUUUAUAAUUUUGUCUGCCGGAGUUUUUGCCCGAGUUUUCCAAUUCCGGCUCCGGCAAAAUAUGCCGGAGCUCCGGCUCCGCCGAACAGUUCUAAAUUUCGAGUACAAAUUUUGUCCAAAUUUCCACCUAUACGACUAAACACUUCAAAAUCCUGAUAAUUGCAAAUUGCAAUCUGGCUAGCCCUUGAUAACUUUAUGCGACCUUUGUGAGUACAGAAUUACUCAUUGCAUGUGUUCAAAAUAUAAUCAAUAAUAUUGUGUUUCAAAGCACCUAUAACGAAGUAUCACAAUGUUUGUACACGCUCAGGUAGGAGCCAGUGAAAGGUUAUUGUAUUCUUAAGGUGGAGUUACACGAGCUCUACAAAAUUGCUGCAACUUGCAACAAAAUCUGAUUUCAACGCAUGUUAAGUGAAAAUGUUUACACAUAAAUUGCAAAUCACAAGGCAACAUGUGUCGACAUUUCUAUUUAACAUGCGUUGAAAUCAGAUUUUGUUGCAAGUUGCAGCAAUUUUGUUGCUCGUGUAACUCCAGCCUUAAUGAGCUAAAGAUUAUUGCAGCAUUAUUUCAUUACAGAUUAACAGUGUUGUUUUAAGAAGACCAUAAUAAUUUUAACUAGAGAUAUAUUAAUUUUAGGCUAACACCGCGGGUUUAUUUUACGUAAGACACUAAUAUUUUUAGGAUUUUAAAAUUUGAAAUUAAAAACUAUUUAUAAAUUAAUUCUGAAGUAUCUGGGAUUCCACCCAAUUGUAGACAGUCGCAAUAUUCGCAUAAACGCCUGGGUAUCCUUUGGCGGCGCAGUCAAAACCAAAGCUCGUCAAUCCUGCCAAGUACCACUUGUUAUCCUGUUGACACAUUAAAGGUCCCCCACUGUCUCCCUGACAGGCAUCAACUGUACCUGUAGUGUACCCAGCGCACACCUUAUCGAAUGAAAUCGUUGUAACCCCACUAUACAACGAUUCACAAGUGGGUUGACCUAUAAUUGGAACCGCGCCCUCUCGUAGAAAUUGUGGGUAGUCUUUAGCAUCAGAUGUCCUGGUACCCCAACCUGCAAUCAUGCAUUUCGUGCCCGCAGGGAGUUCCGUUUCUUGUAGACAGAUGGGCAGUAUGUUAGCUGUGUAGUUGGCGGGUGUAUGCAGGCGAACCAUAGCGAUAUCAAAGUUGAAAGGCGAGUGAUAAACAGGAUGAAUUAAGAUGCUGUCCACUGCAAAUUUUUGUUCUUCGGGUUCUUCCGUCAAAAUGUCGUGGUCACCU